AAACAGCAGAAGAAGAUAUCAAAGCCCCAACUCUCCGGGGCACAACCACAAUGAAGCUUCUUCCAAUUAGCCUUCUCCUCUUUGCUCUGGCAGCCGCCACCACUCUUGCCUAUGACCCGAGUCCUCUUCAGGACUUCUGCGUGGCCAUCAAUGACCCUAAAGUAUUUGUGAAUGGAAAGUUUUGCAAGGACCCAAAACAAGUCACAGCAGAUGACUUCCUCUAUAAGGGGUUCAGAUACCCAGGGAAUACCACGAACCCACUCGGAUCGAAAGUCACUCCCGCUUUUGUGGACCAAUUUCCAGGACUCAACACUCUCGGCAUUUCCAUUACUCGCAUCGACUUCGCUCCGGGUGGCCUGAACCCUCCCCACACUCACCCUCGUGGGACCGAGAUUCUGGUAGUGGCUGAGGGCACACUGCUUGUCGGCUUCGUCACAUCCAACCAAUUGAACAACACACUCCUCACCGAAGUCCUGUACAAAGGGGAUGUGUUUGUGUUCCCAAUAGGUCUCAUUCACUUCCAGCUGAACAUCGGAAACACCUCCGCACUGGCCUUUGCCGCUCUGAGCAGCCAAAACCCAGGAGUCAUUACCAUCGCUAAUGCGGUCUUUGGGUCGAAGCCGCCCAUUUCGGCGGAUGUUCUCACCAAGGCCUUCCAAGUGGACAAGAAGGUGAUUGACUACCUCCAGGCGCAGUUUUGGUACGACAACAACUAAGUGGAUGCGUUGACCUCCAAGACGUCGGAUUACCCCCAUAUUCUCCAUACGUGGUUGCUUCGAUUGACAAUUGCUUCCGAAUAAACGAAUCGCUCUUUAUGUAACUGGUCAUGAAUGCCUGAAGUAAUGAAACAUCGUUCUUUAUGAUAGAUAUGGACCAGAAAUGCUUAAGUUCAUCUGUUUUUUAUUUCUUCUUUUA